AACAACAUCGGCCUCGCGACCCCUCGUGGCUCGGGCACCUCAGGCCACAUCCAGGCCAACCGCUCCUCGAUCCGCCCCCGCCAGAACCAGCGCGAGGCUGCCCCAGACUUCAAGAGCUCGUUCGCCCACCGCGCUCCGGACCAGGGCAUCCUCGACCACGAGCGCAAGCGCAAGGUCGAAGCCCAGUGCUUCGAGCUCCAGGUUUCGCUCGAGGACGACGGCGUCGCGCCCGACGAGGUCGAGAAGCAGGUCGACGCCCUCCGCCAGCGCCUCCUCGCCGCCGGCGCACCCGCCACCGCCGCGUCGGGCAUCAAGGCGCACCAGCGCCACGAGCUCGCCGCUGCCAAGCAGGCCGACGACGAGCGCAUGCGCCGCGCGCUCGGCAUCCGCGCCGACCACACCGAGGGCGCCGCGUUCGACCGCGACCUCCAGCAGCGCCUCAAGGAGGAGCGCAUCGCCGAGCGCGAGCGCGGCCGCGAG